GUCUCCUCCAGAUCCACAGUAUUGUUGGAGAAUCGUUCCGAGAAGGAACUUAUCUGCAUUGGGCAGAUUAACAUUAAUAGUCAUCGGGGUUGGGGGCAACCACGCCCCUUCGUUUAUGUUUUCAAUCUCCGUCUACAUCGCACAUAAGUACUUCGUCUGCAUCGUGUUUGCAUGCGUCAGUUAUUGUUUCACAACACUGAGCGUGUUUCCUGUUGUGAAACAAACAAGUGUUACAUAGCCAUCAUAUUUAUUGGCCAUGCACCCGGCUUUACGAAAUCUUGAAGUACUCUGCACGAUAAGCUCAUACACGAAACGCAGUUCGCUUCCUGCACUUGCAUCCACAUGUCGCGAAUUUGAGCAUCCAGCACUUGAUGUCCUCUGGAGGAAUCUGCAGUCCGUCACUCCACUUGUCAGCUGUUUACCAAGUGGUCUAUUUCAAACCAGUGGCAAGGGUUUGGCAUUGCAGAAACCUGCUGAUGGCAAGGUGUGGGAUGCUUUUUUCAAAUAUUCGUCACGCGUGCACUCCAUCACUGCAAUAGCUAGCUUGUCGAUUCUUGGGACCCUCAGCUUGCUUAUGCUGUCUUGUCCUUCGACACCUGCGUUCUUUUUCCCGAACCUUCGCAAAUUAUCAUUGCACGACGAUGGGGGCAGAUCCACUGCAGAGUUCUUGCGCAUGGCUUGCGUACCCUCGUUAGUGGAAUUGGACCUGCAGAUUCAUUCUGCUUCCUCUCCUGCUCUCCUUGUCCUUUCGUCACUUGGGACCUUGUGUCCCCAUCUCCAGUGUAUGACUGUGACAUUGACACGUGCAACGGACGACUCAUUGCGUAAAAUUUCACCCUUCAUCACACAACCUGUUUCCCAGCUCCACCAUCUUCACACAUUAUCGGUAUGCGACCUAGGAAACAAAAGCAUCGAGUACCUCAUGCAGCUGCGAGCUCUGCAGUCAUUAUCCUUGGACUUCAAUGGAUCGUCAAGCUGGGACAUCCGGCCGGAUACGCAACUCCCCGGAUUUCACGAUCUGAAAUUUUUGGGCCUUUCUGCCCGUACAGUUGAGCGCGCCUCGAACUUUUUCAGUUCAUUCCAGAUCGUCAGAAGUAAAGAAAUCAAGGUCGAAUUCAUAUACCGGGUUGCGGAGUUCUCAGCUAGUGGGUCUGAGAUGCUCUCCCAAUUCUUCGCCAUCCUCCAAGAAAGAUGCGAUAACGACAAACUUGAAUCCUUCUCUCUCGUUGGAUUGUCGAAGAGGAUACCCACGGAAUUUGGCAUCUUCAUCUCAUUGCGCGCAUUUCGCAACUUAACUCGGCUGGUCAUUGAGAAUGGUUGUGACAUUCCAAUGUCUGACGAGGAGCUGUGCCAACUGGCGAAAGCCUGGCCUAAGCUCCAAGUUCUCAAAUUCAGCAGAUAUGCCAACACCAUUGCAGUUCCCACAUUCCACGGGCUAAUGGGGUUGCUUCGGCUCUGCCCUGCGCUGACUUCGCUAGCUCUUGUCAUUGAUACCACAGAGUUGGACGGCAUAGAUCUCAAGCGCCCCGGCGGUGGACUUUGCAACAAACAUCUUAAAUUCCUCGCCCUCGGAAAUUCACCGAUGGAGUCCCCUCUAAAUGUAGCUGUCAUCAUCGGCGGCCUCUUCCCACGCCUUGAACAGGUUCAGCCUGAGCCUUGGAGUUCGGAUAGGUGGACGUUAGUCAAUAGCUUUCUUGAUGGCUUCCGCCUUGUGAGGGAGCAGCGCGUUGAAGCAUGUGUUUGUUCGGAUAUCUAG